UCAACAGCGCCAGGCGCGAUUGAGAAAAAUGGACAGUAAAAUUAUUGUAACCUAUCACCCACGCUGUGGGUACUAUUACAAUAUCAAGACAAGUGAUCAAAUUGUUCCAAUUAUACCGGAUCUUGGGGUAUCGCGCAGAAGUGUUUUUGAUGAAGUUCAGACACCGGCGUACAAGAAGCAACGUAACAUUUUCCGCGACUAUACAAUCGGGCGCUCUUCACCAGUUUGGAAAGUCAGCCCUGCUGCACGGAGGGCCGCUGCGAAUGACCGUCUUGAACAACUAUCACAACCUAAAAGGUUUCACUCGGACUACGAGCCUUGCAGAUCAGUUCAAACUACAGUGUCUCCUGCUGCACAAAAGGCUGCUGCAUCACCGCGAACAGAGGACCUAAGUCAACCGAAAAAGAGGCCCUCUAUCGAAGUACGUGAGUGGACCAUAAAGCAAAGUGCGCUCCAGUCACGGGCUUCAGCAAGAGUGCACGAACUGUCCCAAGCUAAGGGUGUUCCCUUCGGUUUCAUGCCGGACAAGAUUGAAGUUUGGCAAGUGUCGAAGGCUGCGCUGAAAGCCAAACCCUCCAAGAGAAUUGAUGACCUGGCUUUACCGAUUAAAAGAGAAAUAGCAACAAAUUUGCCAAAUCCUGACGCUUUUGAAGUCUCUAAAGCUGCUCGAAAAGCAACGUGUUCAGACAGAUUAGCUGAAUUGGCUAAACCAAUCAUCAGAGGGUAGUCAGCAUACUAACUUGAACUUUUGAA